GGGAGAGAAGCCCCUCCCCCGGAUCAUCGCGCUGGAGUGGAUGGUCCUUUUUUAACUUCAUUGUUAGAGAAGUACAGCGACGCCCGCUUUUCCACGGCACAAGGAUCAAGCGACCCCCCCACCCCACCCCUGUGAUCGGCACGACCCCUUCUUCUGUUCUCAUGGAAAUCACAGCCUGCCGCCUCCCGGCCACACUUUGUGCACGGAUGCGAAGUUGAAACGCACAUUCCCGGCCGGGACAACGCAUGAUGAAGAGGAGGGAGGGAGAUGAUGUCUAGGAGGAGCUGAUCGUCUCAUUUCUACUUGAUCCUCCCGCCGCUGUGCGUUAGUUUAGUUACCGCUUCUCCCGCAGCACUUCCCAACAUGCUGGAUCCGGCCCGGUGCGUCUUCUUCUUCUUCUUCUUCUUCUCCUCCGCGCUCCUCUGCUCCGUCCACGCAUCGUGUCCUCCACGCUGCGAGUGCUCGGAGGCGGCUCACACCGUGAAGUGCGUCUCCAAGGACCUGCGGAGUGUCCCGGCGGGGAUCCCCGGCUACACGCGGAAUCUGUUCGUCACCGGGAAUCAGAUCAGUCGCAUUGGUCCAGAGUCUUUCAAAGGACUGGAGAACGUGACCAACUUGUCUCUGAGUAACAACAGAAUAUCCGAGGUGGACUCCAACGCAUUUGCCGGACUCCGCAGCCUUCGCCAUCUGGACCUGAGCAACAACCAGCUGGCGAUCAUUCACCCAGAGGCCUUCACCGUCCUGAACCAGUCUCUGCAGGAGCUGAACCUGAGCCGAGCCCUCUACAACCACUCAACAGUGAUGGACCUGGCCACGUCUUUGCGCUGGAGCUCCCUGGGGGCCCUUCAGGGACUGGACCUGUCCCACAAUAGCCUCAUCUAUUUGCCCUCACGCAUCUUCUCCCACCUGAGCAGCCUGCGACGGCUCCAGCUGUCCAACAACUCCCUUGUGGCCAUCCACAACUCCACGCUCGCAGGUCUGGAGCACCUGGAGGAGCUCGACCUCACGCUUAAUGCCCUCAAGACGUUUCCAGAGGAGGGCCUGCGAGAGCUGGACUCCCUGCCCGGAGUGGCUCUGCUGCUGGAGGAAAACCCCUUUACAUGCACAUGUGGAAUUGAACCUUUCGCUCUGUGGCUCAACAGAUCACAGGGGCGGAUUAGAAACGCUGAUAGUCUUGUGUGCUCCUUCCCACCCAGCAUGAGGAACACAUCCAUGCUUGCUGUGAGCACGAUGACUCUUGGAUGCCGACAGAGAGACGCAGGGGCCGACCUUGCUUUGCAGACCUCUUACGUGUUCUUGGGUGUAGUUCUGGGCUUCAUUGGCCUCAUCUUCCUAUUUGUACUUUAUCUCAACCGCAAGGGCAUCAAGAAGCGGAUCUACGACAUGCGGGACGCUUGCAGGGAGGUGUGGGAAGGCUACCACUACCGCUUUGAGAUCGAUUCUGACCCCAGGAUAUCACAGAUCUCCUCGGGUGCUGACGUGUGAGAGGACAAUCACCCCUGGUGUAUUUUCAUAUGACUCUUUUUUAAUGCAUUUAUCAGUAGGAAUAUGUAAAAAUUGUACAGUUUUGUCUGUAAAUAUAUAUAAAUACAAUAGUGUGAAUAAUCUAUAAGCCUUGUUUAAAGCAUGCACUGCCCAUGUAUCCUCAAUUAAUAUUCUCCCUUUGUACAGAUUAAUGUUACGCAUUGAGUUCCUUGACAUUUCUCAUAUCCUCGUCAAGGUCACAUAAAGCUGUAAGUGCCUAAAAGUCACCUUGGUGUUGUUGCAGUGAUCUGAUCUGAUCUCAACUCACUUUCCACACGGCAAACUUUGAUUUUAUCUUCUGUGUCAGAUCUAUUUGGCUUGUGAAAACAAAGCAACAAAACGCUGCAAUAAAUCCUGAAACUACCAAAACAAACCUCUGGGAGUUUAAAGCACAAUCACUCAUUCAUCUUUGAACCGUUUCAAGCCCUUUGGUCCCUUCGUCCUUCAGCCCCCAGGGUGCCAGAGAGGAAUUAAGCCCCCAAAAGCUUGACUAAAGCUCUCCUUAAAAUCACCACUCUGCUUUUCUUUGGCAGUUGGAUUGAGAAAGUGGGGGGACUAUUCGGCACAGACCAGCGGAAAUCUCCUAGCCCCCUCACUCUUUUUUUCAUGAAACGUUGCUUUGUUUCAACUCCUUGAGUUUUAUUGUCAAAAUGAUGAGAACCAGUCGAGGGCCGAAGCUGCUGAAAGCAAUCUCCCUCCCUCCUUAAAGACAACAGCCGCUCUGGAGGCUCUUUGAAGGAAAAGUCUGGCUCUCCACAUUUUUCUGUUUAGGGGAUUUUUUUUCUCUCGCAGUGAUAAGAUACAGAUGAUUCUGAAACACCAGCUACAUUGUUUCAUUCAGCAGUUUGUUCUGACCGGUUAAGUGUUGCUCGUUAUGAAGAGAAACAAGAAUGUUCUUUAUCUUCUGGUUAGUCUCUACUAUGUAUGCCUUUACCUUUUCCUAAGAUCAAUUCCUUCAAAUAACUUUAAUUAUGACAUUGUCAAAUCCCAAGCUUUACAUUUUGCAUGCAUGUUUCAAAUAUAACCUGAAUGACAUGACAUACAAAACACGACUGUUCUCUGUCCUCAGAUGUCAUGUUUUUUUCCCUUUUUCUAUGGCUCAUGACAAGCUGUUCUCUGCGGCCUCUUGAUGCUACAAAGUGAGACAAACGCAGGCAGAGAGAGGAAAUGGCAAGCUGCCAUUCCACUAAGUGUUUAUUGCUCAAAUUGUUAGCUAUCAAACCGUUUGGAAUGAGGGAAAGGAGCCCUGGGGAGAACUGAAGCAACCUCCCAUUGUUAGAAAGCCAAAGUAGCAUCUUCGUCCUAUCAAGAUGUUCUGCAAGCUCCUCUCAUAGCGGUCCAGAAAUGUUUGCAGCGUGGAGCCGUUUUACUGCAUGUGGAAAGACGUAGUAAACUUUAUGAAGUCUGUAUACUCAUUUAGUGCAAAUGUAAUCUUGUGUGUCCUGAAAUGAAUGUAAUCAUAUUGUUUGGACUUAACUCACGGUAUCAUUCCUCCGAGCCGCGGAACCACAUUAAGCCGGGCAUUUACUCGCUGAGGAGAAAACAAUUGGGGCUCCGUGCUCUGACACAAAGGGCAGCUCGGAUGGCGAGACGCCUCAAAUAAGCUUUGUUUUCCAGUUGCCUUGUGAUACUCAUUCUCUUUCGGUUUCCACAGAGGGCCAUUAUGCCGCCGCAUAAUAGGAUUCUCUCAUGAUGACAAAGUUGAGCGCUCUGAUCCAGCAAUUGUUAAAGUGUCAUCAUUCUUAAUAUUUGCCUGUGGGAGAAAAACCAAAGGAGAAGUUUUCACUUGCUAUUACACAACGUGUCACAACCAGGGCAUUAAGUCGGCCACGGGUUAUUGGUGUCAGUUGGCGGAGCAGACAGAAGAAAGAUUACUCCCUGCAUGUCAUUACUUCCGUUUUCUCUCAUUAAAGUGUGGAUUAGGAGCUGUGCCUUUUUUUGGUUUUUUUAUGAGCCUGUCUGCUUGAAAAAUAUAUGGUCUUUUUGCUAUAGGCUGUGCAAUACUGUCUCAGCAGGGAUGCAAUGAAAGAGAGGAACCCCACUAAUACAUCCAGACAUUCUCCAUUACUAACAGUGCAAAUGAGAGGCUUGUUAAAAACAAUAAAAAUGCUCCAAUUACCAUGUCCUUUCAAACUGUAUGUUGCACAUCUCUGAUUAAAU